CUGUAAUGCCCUUGGUGGGAAGCGGCCUAUUAAUAGUAUCUUAAUUGCAAACAAUGGGAUGGCAGCUGUCAAGUUUAUACGUAGUAUUAGGACGUGGGCGUACGAGACAUUUGGUACAGAGAAGGCAAUUUUGUUGGUUGCAAUGGCUACAUCCGAGGACAUGAGAAUAAAUGCUGAGCACAUUAGAAUAGCUGAUCAAUUUGUAGAAGUUCCUGGUGGGACGAAUAACAACAACUAUGCCAAUGUGCAGCUCAUCGUAGAGAUGGCAGAGAUGACUCAUGUUGAUGCAGUUUGGCCUGGUUGGGGUCAUGCAUCAGAAAAUCCCGAACUGCCAGAUGCAUUGAAUGCAAAGGGGAUCAUAUUUCUUGGGCCACCGGCUACGUCAAUGGCAGCACUAGGAGAUAAAAUUGGUUCAUCUUUGAUUGCUCAAGCAGCAGAAGUACCCACUCUCCCAUGGAGUGGAUCCAAUGUCAAAGUUCCUCCAGAAAGCUCUUUGGUCUCUAUCCCAGAUGAAAUAUAUGCUAAAGCAUGUGUUCAUACGACGGAAGAAGCAAUUGCUAGUUGUCAAGAUGUAGGUUUCCCUGCAAUGAUCAAGGCAUCCUGGGGCGGUGGUGGUAAAGGCAUAAGAAAGGUUCAUAAUGAUGAUGAAGUUAGGGCACUAUUCAAGCAAGUUCAGGGUGAAGUUCCUGGCUCCCCAAUAUUUAUAAUGAAAGUUGCUUCUCAGAGUCGGCAUCUAGAAGUCCAAUUACUCUGUGACCAAUAUGGCAAUGUUGCAGCAUUGCACAGCCGUGAUUGUAGUGUUCAAAGGCGACACCAAAAGAUAAUUGAGGAGGGCCCAAUUACAGUAGCUCCACAAGACACGGUGAAAAAACUUGAGCAGGCUGCUAGAAGACUGGCCAUAAGUGUCAAUUACGUUGGAGCUGCCACUGUUGAGUAUCUUUACAGUAUGGACACUGGAGAGUACUAUUUCUUGGAACUCAACCCUCGGUUACAGGUUGAACACCCCGUUACUGAAUGGAUAGCAGAAAUAAACCUGCCAGCAGCUCAAGUCGCUGUUGGAAUGGGGAUUCCUUUGUGGCAAAUUCCAGAAAUAAGGCGAUUCUAUGGAAUGGAACAUGGUGCCGGAUAUGAUGCUUGGAGGAAAACAUCUAUUGCUGCGACACCAUUUGAUUUUGACAAGGCUGAGUCGACAAGGCCAAAAGGUCAUUGUGUG